UCUCAACAAUAUACCCCAAAAUUAUUUGCAUUUAGAAAUUGUAUAGCUCACGAAAAAAUAAACAAAAAAAAUUUAAACUAUGUCCGCGUCACAUCGUUUGAGUCGCGAACUUAGCGAUAUUACGGCCGCCAAGUCGAAGGUCCUGCGCAAUGUGGAAGCUUCAGAUGAAUCAUUGCUGCUGUGGACCGGGCUGUUGGUGCCGGAAAAGGCGCCAUACAACAAGGGUGCAUUUCGCAUCGAGGUUAGCUUUCCUGACCAGUAUCCGUUCAUGCCACCGAGAAUACUGUUCAAGACUCAAAUCUAUCAUCCCAAUGUCGAUGAAAAGGGCCAGGUGUGUCUGUCCAUAAUAACGGCGGACAACUGGAAGCCAACAACGCGCACUGAGCAGGUAUUUCAGGCGCUCAUCGACAUUGUCCAUAAUCCCCAACCAGAGCAUCCGUUGCGCUCCGAUUUGGCCGAGGAGUUUGUCAAAGAUCAUAAAAAGUUUAUGAAGUCCGCGGAGGAAUUCACCAAAAAGAAUGCCGAGAAGCGCCCUCAAUGAGUAGAAAUAUAGGCCACACCGAGGCUACCACUGAACGACAUACCCACUUUUCGUUUAUACAAAAUUCUAUAUAUAUAUAUAGUCUUAAAAAAUACUUAUUACUGUCUUUUGUUUGAGAUUCAAUUAAAUUUACAAGUUACUUGACGCACUGAACCCUAUAAAUA